UGAAAUUAAACGGCGGCCGCCACGUCCAGGGGAUCUUGCGGGGGUUUGAUCCCUUCAUGAACCUGGUGAUCGAUGAGUGCGUGGAGAUGGCGCCCGGAGGACAGCAGAACAACAUUGGCAUGGUGGUAAUACGUGGAAACAGCAUCAUUAUGUUGGAAGCUUUGGAACGAGUAUAG